AUGACUUCAAAUGUGAAGUGAAAUGGAGUGGGGCAUAUCAAGAGGGGGCUGGACUAACCCUAGGGGAGGAGGUGGAACAGGUCAAUGCCUUCCUCUCUCGGAUAGCAGUGACCACAAAACACAUGUCAAAAGCAGGACGUACAGACAUGCUGACGCUGAUGGCCAUGCGCUGGAAUCAGCAACAAGUCAGCAACUUGGCCACCUCACUGUCCCGCAGAUAUCUGAAGACCACAAAAGCUCUGGAAAAGCAAUUGCAGAACCUGGAGUCCAUGAAGGCUGAGUUGGCAGUGACUGAAAAGCAGCUGGAAGACUGGGUCAGAGAUGUGAAUGAGUGGGCAGAAACAACAACAAACAACCCAAGGGAUGCUGCUGCCUUGGCCAGCAAGAUCGAAAUGCUGACAGUAAGUGUCAAGAGACUUUCGCAGCGUCUCUACAAAGACACAGACAGCAACAAAGGUCGUUCCCGGAUCCGCCGCAAGAUCAGGGAUGAGAAAGGGGUCCUGACAGCACCAGUUGAGAAAUACAACUCAAUGGUUCCAAGCACAGAAGCGCUGUGCCUCGAAGCCAUUCUGUCUGUGGAGAAAGCUUGGCCAUGGCAGCUACCAAACAGUGACUCUUUCGACCUCAGGACAAAGAGAAGAGCAUUCGACCUUGUCAUGGCAGUGAAGAGACUACAGGAGGAGAAGAAGAUUCUCGUCACAGAAAUGAACCACCACUGGAAGGUCCUUUCAACCCGCAGUGAUUCCCUGAAAGAGAUGUCCUGCAUGCAAAAUUCACCAUUGGGCCUGAGCGAAGACGGGAUGAAAGGUCUCCAGAGCAUGUUUAGGAAAAAGCAGCACGACAUCGGAGAAAUUAAGACUCAUACUAGACGAUGCUAUCUGCAGCUUUUGACUGGAGCAGAGACCAUCAGCUUCUUGCAAAGUCUUUCAGAUGAGUCUUCUGACUGCGACUCUGACAGCUCUGAUGACACACGGUGAAGCCCCCUCCAGACUACCUUCUAUUUAACAUCUACAUGCUCCCCCUCUGUGAAAUACUCCGCCAACAUGGUCUCAACUUCCACUCCUAUGCCGACGACACCCAACUCUACAUCAGUACCAAUCCAUCAUCCCAGCUACCCCCACUGUCACUAGUCAACUGCCUCCGCAACAUCCAAACCUGGAUGUCAACAAACCUACUGAAACUCAACAAAAACAAAACAGAGCUCAUGGUUGUGGCCCCAAAAACACUGCUCCGGAAGGUUGGAGAUCUGCUCCUCACCGUCGAUGGCUGCUCCAUCCAGCCUGGGCGUCACUCUGGACUCUAGCCUCACCUUCAACUCCCACAUCAGGUCUACUGUCAAAACUGCUUUUUUUCACCUUCGAAACAUCUCCAGACUCCGGCCCUCCGACCCCGUUGCAGAAACAUUAAUACAUACCUUCAUCUCCUCACGCCUGGACUCCUGCAAUGGAGUUCUGUUCAGGGUCACCUGCAAAGCCCUGGACAGGCUCCAGUACGUCCAGAACUCUGCAGCCAGGCUCCUCACCCGCACUAAGCCCUGGCAACACAUCACGCCCACCCUCCUCCACCUUCACUGGCUCCCGGUCAAGUCACGCAUCCAGUACAAACUCCUCCUGCUAACCUACACAUCUCUCCACUCCCUAGCCCCUGCAUACAUCUCUGACCUCCUUCAGCCCUACACCCCCUCUCGUCAGCUGCGGUCCUCCGACAAAAAAAAACAACACAUUUCUUAAUGUCUUAAUAUGUAUGUCCAGUCAGUUAUUCUUCAGGUUGUUGAUAUGCUGUUGAAGGCAUUUUCUAUAAUUUAAUUUUAUUCAGAUGUUAUUACAUGUCUACUCUGAAACACUAUGUAAACAAGGUCCCAUAACAAUAAAGUUGAUAAAAAUUGUUUUGACUGUUCA